CUGAUAGAGCCUAACUAUUGAAUCAUUUCUAUUUUAUUUGCACCAGUCACGUCGGUGGCUGUGACUUUUAUGCACGAAGUAUAAAAGUUCUCUCCAUCCUUAUAUACAAGAAAUCCUUGUAAGCGAAAGAAUAUGGCAAAUACACUACCAACUAGCCUGUCUACCGCGUUGGAUAUCUCCCCUUUAGGAGACCACUUUUCUCUGGAGCUUCCAACGGAUAUUGCAUUUGGCGCAGUCAGUUGUGGGGGCUAUGUAGCUAGUUUGAUGGCGAAAUAUGCCGUCAUUCAUGCUUCGAAACAUGAGAAACUACGAACGCAAACGGAUAUUCGAACAGCAUUAGCUCAGUUCUAUCGUCCCAUUAUUGCAUCAAAGCCAGUUCAAAUGCAGCUGCGCGAAGUGAGUCUUGGUAAAGCAUGGUCCACAUUACGCAUUGAGACUUUUCAAUUUGGGAAGAUUGCUGCAUCUGCAGAUAUAUGGCUCUCUGACUUUAAGUUGCCGGGCAUCAAUCUCCAGACUGGCUGGCAUUUGACUACCCGUCGAGUUGAUCUGCCGAAACUCGAAAUGGAUUGUGACCCUGAAUGGACAUCUUACCAAACGGCGUUUCAUCGGAAUGGAUUCAGACGUGGUCACUCCUAUGUGAGAAAUUUCAUCCCAAAGUCUUGGCCCUCGGAUAUAAAAUUCACAGAGCAAUGGAUCCUACCUGGCUGGGACUGCUUGCCUCAAGGAUCCUGUACGAUGCAGAAAGACGAGGAUAAAGCACGAUGGACAACGGAAAUGAUACAAUUUGCUAUAGAUAUGAGCCUCCCUGUUCAGGAGAACUUUUUCCCACAAACAGAGCGAUUACCCACGGGUAGCAUUGCUGCUACGCUCGAAUUUGCGGAGGCCCAAAGGCAAGCCCGGAUCCAAGGAAAGCCCAACUGGAGGGAGCUAGAGCUGGAUGGAUCGACAGAACCUAUCACGGAGACUGUUAAUGUAGCAUUAUCUAUGUCGACUGAGGUGAAGAAAAGUCUUCCACCGGGUGGUGUUCGAUGGCUCUACUUGCGCAGCGAGGUCAAGCGUAUUAUAGAUGGAAGAAUGGAUAUGGAAAUUCUUUUGUGUGACGAAACCAUGGAGUUAAUUGCCAUAAGCCAACACGCUGCACAGAUCAUACCUGCGACACAAAAAUGGGAAAAGAGAGGGAAAGAUACGAAAAUAUGACUGAAUUCAUAGCAGAGGUUCCGGGGCUGGGUUUUCAGUGUCAAAAGAGUGUUACCCUUUAUGAAUGAGCAGCAAAUUACCAUGAUAAUUCCACCCUUC